UGAACGCCCAAAACAAAACAAAUGCUUUGUCAUUUUGUCAUUUCAUUGCACAAUACCUUCGUACGUUUCUCAGAGAAGAUUGCAGGGAGACUCUCAACCAUUUUUCAAGAUUUCUAGCGAAAGCACGUCCGUCUGCAACUACUCAGGUAAACAUGACUUCCUUCCACGACGCACAAGAGUUCCGGGGUAACCAGGGUGAAGAGGAAGAGGUUGAUGUGAUAUCCGUGGAGCCCAUCGCGAUGAUAGUGUCGCCGGAGUUGCAGGAUUCGCCCCGAACUACCGCGCCGGAGAGCAGCACCAGUUUGAGUGCAGGUGGUGGUUCUGAGGGCCACCGACCUUCAACCUCCAGUGAUUCACCCACGAACAAGACACCCAGUGGAGUAAAGGGUGUUGAGGAGGUUGGCUGUAGUGCGCUGGUGACGAGUGCAGCAACGAAGGUGGUGGUGUUCGAAGGGUGGGAGGGCAAGGUUUUGAGUGGACGACUGAGCAACCUUCGUAAGACCCCAAAAACUCUACCGGCCGGGUUCAAGUUCAGGGCGGCGCUGCAUCAUGAGGUUGCAGAUGGUGUGGCCACGGUGAAGGGGUACAAGAAGCUGGAGGAGAUGGUGAGGCGAUUCCAUAUCCCCAGAACCAUCCUGAUCCGAGCUGGGACACCGAACGAGCGUGCAUGCUCAGUGUUGCGGAUGGGCUGGGUGCCAGUAUACGUAGACCAUUUUGACACCGAUCUACGUUUUCCUCUGCCCGGAAUAAUUUUCGAUGUCCUGGCAGAGUACGAGCUAGCCCUUUCGCAACUUACUCCCAACAGCAUAAAGUUCAUCAUAGGCUUUAUGCUGUUGUGCGAAAGGUUGGGGAUGCCUACAAAGGCAACGGUCUUCAGGUCGCUCUUCUUGUGUAGAUUGUGCCCGUCUACCAGUGGAACGAGAUGGCACUACAUCUCGGGCAGAGAGAAGAUGAUGAGAUUCACCAACAUUAGGAAUAAGCUGACAGUUAGUGAUAUCGACCUGAAGAACCGACUGCUCGAUCACGUGAAGGUGAGGGGUUUGGUGGAUCUGGAAGCCUUAGUUACCCCGGACCAGAUCGCACUUCUUGGGUUUGUCGACGUGGCAAACCUUCAUGAGGAAGGAGAAAUGAGCAGCAUUCUAGAAAGGCAGCGCCAGAGGGCACAAGGCUCACGUGGCCGGGGAGCCGGGUCUAGUUCCCAGCGUCAGUCCUGCUUUGACGAGCGGCCACCUGCUGCACCGGGGCGCAGCUCCCAGAACCGGAGUUCCAGCUCGGCACAGAGGCCCCGUGCUGAGCAAAGGACGGAGCCUACGCCUUCCAGCUCUAGGAGGCGCGCCAAGGAAGAGUCUGAUGCGGAGGAUGACGUUCUGCUCAUCUGGCGAAGGACAAGUACUGGCUUGCAGCCCGCCUCAGCCGCUUUUACGCGACCUGCCAGCGUGCCCCAAGCGCUAGUUCGUGAGGUUGCUGAGGCCGCACCAGCCUCGUCGUCUGUGGCGGGGCCCAGGAUUGCAUACCCUGACGGCUUCAACCGGAUGCGUGCGAAGGGGCACGUUCAACAGCAUGGUGGACAUGCUGCCCUAAUCAAGUUAAUGGAUGGGGCCAGGGCUCUGAACAACGAGCUUCAACAGAGCUGCAAACAACUGGCCUUUGAAAAAGCCAGUUUGACUGACGAGGUCAGUCGUUUGCAGAGCUCAAAGAUGGCAAAUCGAGCGGCGUCAGCUAAAAGCCGAGCUGACGAGCUGGCCUGCAAGGUAGACGAGCUGAAGGAGGAGCUCCAACGGGCUCAGGUGGAGAAGGAAAGCGGCAUUCAAGCUGCUAAGGAAGAGACCAGCCGUGCAGAGGACCGGGCUAAGAGGGCAGAAGCUGAGAGAGAAAGGACUCUGCAUGAGCUGAACACCCUGAGAGAUAGGAUCUCCCAAGUGGACCAGCAUGUCGCCCGGGCUGAGGCGUCCCUAGAGAGCACCAAGAGGCUUCACCAGCGCGACAUCUGCUUUGCCCGUGCACAGGGGGCUGAGUGGCUGGUGGGAGCAGAAAUGUUCCAGGCUACCGUCGCGGUCGCCUCUGCCAACACCACCACGGACAUUUUCAAUGAGGUUCGUGGGAAGGUGUUACGAGUCCAGGUUGACUUCCCGAUCGAGGGCGAGGAGAUCGACAGCGAGGGGAAGAGUCUUGCCCUCCCAGCUAACACCAGGGUGAGGCUGAAAUGGGAGCUCAACGAGGAGGGGCUGCCAGUGUGGCCCCCUGCUAUAGUGGAAGAAGGGGAAGACGCAGAGGGGUUGCGAAGCUUUGAUGCUUGGGUGGCAGGCCCCCAGGACGUGCCUGCUGAACCUUCAAGCACUCCUCCUUCUACUCAGCCUCAAUCUCAGCCCGCUAUAGUCGUUGUUUCUGCUCCUCCUUCAGAUCGGCACUCUCCUGCUCAAUCUGCUACUGCACCCAAUGACGCAUCCAUCCCCGUCGACCUGACGGAUGAUUAGUUUAGGAGUUUUUGCCUUGGCUUUUGUAUCUCUUUUUGUAUUUUUGUAUUUUUGCAUUUGAUCAAUGGAUUCACUUCAUAUGUUCUUCAAAUGUAAACAUCCAUGAUGAAAUACAAACAUAAAUUUUCC